CCGGAAAUAAUUCGCUCUUGUUCCGGGUGAUUGUUGGCUGUUCCCGGACGUUUCACGCGGGAAAAGGGGGAGCAAAGAGAUGGGAGACACUCUGGAGUUUAACGACAUUUAUCAGGAGGUGAAAGGAUUCUGGAAUGACGGCAGGUUGAGGUUCAGCAAACAGUCUGUGAGCUACAAAAGCAGUAAGACAGGAAAAGUGGACAGUAUCCAGGCCCAUGAUGUGUCUCACGCUCAGUGGCGUCGUGUCUGUCUGGGACAUGGGAUCAAACUGACCACAAGCAAUGGUCACGUCUACAAAUAUGACGGGUUUAAAGACACGGACUUUGAGAAAAUCUCCGCCUUUUUUAAGUCCAACUACAAAGUUGAGCUGACAGAAAAGGACAUGUGUGUGAAAGGAUGGAACUGGGGAACUGCUAAAUUCUCAGGGCCGUUGCUGACGUUCGACGUCAACGAGAGUCCGGCGUUCGAGAUCCCGCUGGCUAACGUGUCCCAGUGCACCACAGGGAAGAACGAGGUCACGGUGGAGUUCCAUCAGAACGACGACACAGAAGUGUCGCUCAUGGAGGUCCGCUUUUACGUCCCGCCCUCCACCGGAGACGACGGCACGGACCCUGUAGAGGUCUUUGCCCAAAAUGUUCUCACUCAGGCAGAUGUUAUUCAGGCUACCGGAGAUGCUGUGUGUAUCUUCAAAGAAUUGCAGUGCCUUACACCCAGAGGAAGGUACGAUAUUCGUAUCUAUCCCGCAUUCCUACAUCUUCACGGCAAGACGUUUGACUAUAAGAUCCCCUACACUACCGUCCUGCGCCUCUUCCUGCUGCCGCACAAGGACCAGCGGCAGAUGUUCUUCGUGAUCAGCUUGGAUCCACCCAUUAAGCAGGGCCAGACACGUUAUCAUUUCCUCAUCCUCCUCUUCUCCAAAGAUGAAGACGUUAACCUUACUCUCAGCAUGAGCGAGGAGGAGGUGGAGAGGCGCUUUGAGGGAAAGCUGAACAAGCACAUGUCCGGCUCUCUGUACGAGAUGGUCAGCAGGGUCAUGAAGGCUCUGGUCAACAGAAAGAUCACGGUGCCCGGAAACUUCCAGGGUCAUUCAGGUGCUCAGUGUAUCACCUGCUCAUACAAAGCUACCUCAGGGCUGCUGUAUCCUUUAGAGAGGGGCUUUAUUUAUGUGCACAAACCCCCAGUGCACCUGCGCUUCGAGGAGAUCUCCUGCGUGAACUUCGCCCGAGGCACCACCACCACGCGCUCCUUCGACUUCGAGAUCGAGACCAAGCAGGGCAACCAGUACACCUUCAGCAGCAUCGAGAGAGAGGAAUACGGCAAACUGUUCGACUUUGUUAAUGCCAAGAAGCUGAGCAUCAAGAACAGAGGCUUAAAGGAGGACUUAAAGGCAACUGAACGCUACAGCGACUCGGACGAGGAUGAGCACGAUGCUUAUUUGGAGAGGAUGAAGGAGGAGGGUAAAAUCAGAGAGGAGGGUGACGAGUCGGAGGGUGACAGCGACGAGUCCUUCAAUCCUGUUGAGGAAGAUGAUGAUAUUGCUGAAGAAUACGACAGCAAUGCCUCGGUGAGCGACAGCGAGGAUGAGGACGAUGACAGCGAGGACGAAGGGAAGAAGAAAAAAGUCGAGAAGAAGCCCAAGAAACCUGUGAAAGAGAAGAAGGAGAGAAAACCACGCAAAGAGAAAAAGGUGAAAGACGCCGGCGCCCCUAAAAGACCCAUGAGCGCCUACAUGCUGUGGUUGAAUGCGAACAGGGAGCGGAUCAAAUCCGAGAACCCCGGAAUCUCGGUCACGGAGAUCUCCAAGAAAGCCGGCGAGAUGUGGAAGCAGAUUGAUAAAAACCGCAAGGAGGAGUGGGAAAGGAAGGCAGAAGAAGCUAAAAAACAAUACGAGAGAGCAAUGAAAGAAUAUAAAGAAAGUGGCGGAGGAGCUUCAUCAUCUGCGGUCAGCAGUGAAAAGAAGAAGAAAGUCGGGAAAGCGGAGGAGAAGAAAAGGAAGAGCGUCGUAGAGAAGGAGCGAGACAAAGGAGGCAACGAAAGCUUUAAGAGCAAAGAGUUCAUUUCAAGCGAGGAGAGCUCGUCAGAUUCAGAUCGCGGCAAAGGCAAAAAGCGCAAGGCUGCUAAAGACGAUGAUGAGGACGAGGAAGAAGUUGCAUCUACACCCCCAAGCUCGGAGGAAGAGUCUGGCUCUGACUGAAGUCGCACACGUGAGCUGGGAUUCUGAGAACUGUCGCAAAGGAUAAACCGCCAUCCUGCACACCAUGUUUUCACUGAACGUCAUUUAGAGUUACGAAGUUCAUUCACGCAAACGUUGAUGAGAAAUAUAAUUAUGAAUAGCUGAAAAUUGUAUAUUUUUGUAACAAAAAAAAGCUUUGGAUCAGGUCCUUAAAGCUCACCAAAUAAAAGUCUGUUAAUUAGCAUUUCCAACUCAUGUUAAUUGCUUCACAAUGGAACAAUGCUAUUUUUGCUAUUUAUAAUUUCAUUCGCGUUUGUUCACGUUCAGGGAAAACAGUGUAUUUUGGUGGCUCAUUCUGUUCAGUGAAAGUUAUCAGAACAACACUGAUAUCUUGCAUCCUGUUUUUUUCCCCCACACAUACUCUCUCAGGCAUCAGUCACAGACAACACACACACACACACUGACCUCUUCGGACCAAGUUUUCAAGCCUCCUCAAGCACUGGUGUACUUUCAUCUAUGUAUAGGGAAACCGAGACCACGGAGAGGCGGGUACGUUUUUCUAAAUCCUGUUGUCUGAAUGCAACAUCUUUUUACUUGCUUGUAGUUAAACUCGAAUUAAAAAAAAAUUAAAAAAUCAGGGAUGAUUAGCGUUCUCCUAUUUGUGUGCUUUCGUUUCUUCCUGCUUUUAAGUGAAGAUCCUGUACUACAGCUUGAUUUGAAUAUAUGGAUGUUUUUGUUCUGUGACAAUAUCAAUAAAUGUUUUGUAAUAAAGUUUGAA